AUGUCGCACUUCCAGCUCAAACAGAUGGCAAGGCCCUCCCUCGAUGAGGAGAGCAACCUUUGCAAGGGUGACGGUGAAAGAGAUUCUGAGAGAGGUCUUUUAAAUGACUCUCUGCCGAUAGAGUCAGGAAAGUGUUGGCCCUGCCCUGGUACUGAAAGGAAGAGACCUCUCUCCUGGAAUCUUUGGAUCAUAUGUUUGAACAUCCUGAUCUUCUGUGCCUCGAUUCUAUUCCUCUUAUCACCACUGUCCAGCCGGGCCUGCCUCAACCAUCUCAAUGAUCAGGACAAAUGGAAAGCGACCUCGUAUUAUGCCGCCCUCUAUUAUGCGCAUGCCCCAAGCGAAGAAGCCGAUGCAGAAUGGAGCAGGAUAAGCUCGGGGGUCUUCCCGAUCCUGAUCUCAGCGGAAGAAGUCCGCAAGCUAGGCAAAGACCCGGCACUAGCAGUCCGAGUCCCCGAUGAAUUCGGCUAUGGCCCAGAUGCAUACCUUGCACAAACAGAAGUUUUCCAUCUCCUUCACUGUCUUGAUAUGCUGCGCAAGGAAAUCUCCUAUGAGCACUAUUAUUACCCAGAGUUUGGGAACAACCCACAUGCCCAGCACACCGCCCAUAUUACUCAUUGUAUUGAUAUCUUGGCCCAAUUUAUUAAGUGCCAAGGCUCUGUUGACGUGAUUCUGUUCAACUGGGUUGGAGGCUGGACCCAACCCUUCCCAGACUUUAGGAACAAACAUGUAUGCCGUGACUUUGAGGCUUUGCUGGCAUAUGUGAACGAGAAUUCGCUUGCAACAGAAGUCUUCCAGGCUAUGAAAGAGCCGCCCGAUGGCUAUCCAGUGCAGCCGGAUCCUUCAAUAGCGCCAUUCAUUCCUACAGCUGUUCCUGGACAUUGA